CCGAUGUAUAUAAACCCGUGGAAUCUCAGUUCAAACCAUCAGUCUUUGUCUUCAUACAAAAACAUUCAAUAAAAAAUGGCUUGCAAGUUUUUCAUUAUUUUGGCUAUUGCCACUAUUGCUAAAGGAUCAAUUGUGCCAGUUGCACCAGUUGUUCAAGCUUCACCAGUUGUUCUUGCUAAAACUGUUGAAGUUGAAGAGAAUGAUCCACAUCCUCAAUACGCAUACAGCUAUGAUGUAGCUGAUUCCUUGACUGGUGACUACAAAAAUCAACAAGAGAGCCGAGAUGGAGAUAUUGUCUCAGGAAGUUAUAGUUUUAUCGAAGCUGAUGGUACUCGUCGAGUUGUCCAGUACACAUCAGACAGUAUCAAUGGUUUUAAUGCAGUUGUACGCAAUGAAGCACUUACAGCAAUUGCUCCAAUUGGAGUUGCUCCAGUUGCACCAGCAGUUGCUUCAGUUGGUCCAGUUGCACCAGCAGUUCCUGAAUUUGGACCAGAUUCUGAUGUAGAAAUUCUUGAAGCACGAUCUGAACCAAUUCGUAAAUCUUCAGAUAAACAAAAAUUAAGAUUACAAGCUAAACCAUUAGCAGUACCAGCAGUACCAGCAGUUCCAGUAUCAGCACCAAUAACAAGUCCACUUCCAGCUGUUGCUGCUAUUCCAACUGCUCGUUAUAUUGCCAGACCUGCUGUCAGCUUCAACUACCCUGCUUAUUCAGCUGCAUACAAUCUUCCUGUUGCUAGACUUGCAUACAGUCCAGCUGCUGCUGCUUAUUACCGAACUUAUUAAAUUUUAUUGGCACCCUAUUAUCCUGUAAAUAUAAUCAAAUGAUUCUAUUAUUGUUUUUCAUUGAAUAAAUUUUAUUUUAAGCUACAUACUUUA